UUCAGAUCUCUAGUAUUUUGCUUUUAUGCUGACAUUUUUUUCUAACUGAUGAUCAUUGUUGUUUUGGUUUAUGAAACGGGUUCUGCGGCUCUAAGUGUUGGAGGUGGAGAGGCGGGUGGUUUAUUUCGGCGGAGUGCAGUAAUGCUGGCCAGAGCCCUGUCCCACUUUGCACAAUGCUGCCCAUCCGUCCCUGUUGCACUGACCGACAUGGCAAUGUUUUACUCCAAGUCGACAGCCAGAGAGUUAAUUUGCCAAUCAAUUUGAACAUACUUGUGUCGUAGACAGGCAUUCACACAAGAAAAAAAUCAGCGAAGUAUCGAGUGAGGAACAAACUGGUUCUGUUACUAUUUUUAACGUGGCUUUAAGGCUGCUGCCAUUCGGUUCACAGUGAUGGAAUGCUUACUUUUAUCAAGAGUGCUGCUACAGGAUGGCCAAUAUUGCCCAAGGAAAAGGAAAGUGGAGGGAAAGUGGGCUGGGAGACGUCAUCGACUUCCUGCUGGCGAAUGCCCGGCUGGUGCUGGGUGUUGGGGGGGCUGCUGUACUUGCUAUCGCCACAGUAGCCGUCAAACGGAUGUUUGACAAGGCCAGUGAUCCACCAGACAUCUCCCUGGACAAGCCAGUCACAGAGCCAGUAAAGGAAGAGUAUAGCUGGAUUGACACAUCCCCAAAACUGCUGAACAUACAGUUAAAUGAAUCUCUGCACAGAAUGCAGAGUACCAAAUCCAACCAUAAACAAGGGAAUUGCCAAGAUAAUUUAUUGGAGAACAUGAAACCUGACAGCAGUAAAGCUGACCACUGUGUCAGUCUGCAGGAGAAGCUUCUAGCCUAUUACACACAUCGAUCCAUUCCUCCCGCAGAGCUUAGCAGAGCCAAGCAGUGCGCAAUGAACAUUUGCAUGGAGCUGCAGAAAUUUCUUCAUAGUAAACAUCCAAGCAUGCCCCUGGAAGAAAUGCAUCUCAGCGGUAGUCUGUACAACGAUCUCCAAAUGGUGGCCCCUGACCACGUUUGCCUGAUGCUGCCACUACUACUCGAGGACAACCUGUGGACCCUCAUUUCAGGGGAAGAAACCAUAUUGAACAUCCCAGAUCUGUGGAUGGUACGGAGGGAUAACAUGGAAUAUUUUCCCCGAGGCAUCAGUUAUUGGGAUCGAUUUAUUGUGGGAAGAUACCUGUCACCAAAAUUAAUCGUAGAGUUGUUCCAUAAGAUGGUGCUGGAGAGUAUGAACUGGCUAGCGAUCGGUACUUUACUGGAUUGCAUCAUUCGACCAGAGGUUUCUGCUGAGGUCUUGCAGUUGAAAGUUCAACACAAUGGGGAGGAACUCCUGGGCAUUGAUAUACUGCCCAUGAUUGAAAUGGAAGAUACCGUACUCCUCUCCAGGCCACAAAUAAGAGGCAAUUAUGUAAACAUAUGGCAGCAGAGUUUCUGGGCUGCUGAGACCAGCAGGCUACGAUCCUUGGACAGUACUGACCUGGGCUUCAGAUUCUGCUGCUUGAAGGUACUGAAAGCUGUCUCCAGGGACCAGCCAUCUCUGCGGAAGCUGACCAGCAGCCAGCUAAUCAAUGUUAUCCUGCACCUGAGCCAAGUGGAAAAAGACUGGACCAAGGAAGCACUGGCUGAGCGGGCCCUUCACGUACUCCAGCAGCUUGUUGGCUACUUGGAAGCGGGCUGCCUGCCAGCCUACUUUAACAACAAGGUGAAUCUAUUGUCUAAUCUGUCAGAGGAAGAAGUCGAUGAAAUUGGUUACACCCUCUACUGCGCUGUGUCACAUUUGGACAUUCUGUUUAAUCAGUGACAAGAACCACAAUGUAAUGUCAUUUCUUGUACGCUAACUUUAAAUCAUUUUUUUUAAAUAAUCUACAAUAUUGGAACUCAUCUUUAAAUUUUAGGUGAUUGCUUUAAAAGAAACACUACAAUUAUCAAGUAUUAACAACUGCUCUUCUACGACCCAAAGUCUGCACUUUAUCAAUGAGCUGAGUGUAUGUCAGUCGGUUGUCUACAAGGGGAGAUACUCCUCUGAAGCUGAUCCUGUCCUUACAGGAUUAUGUGGGUCAUUGGACAGCAAUCCACUGGCACUGAGGCCAAUUAUUGAUUAGCUGACUCAGUAUAGGCCUAGGGAUCCACUCUAGGAUCCUGCUCUGGAUAUUUUUAAUAUAUAAAGGCUUCACAUUCACCUGAUAAAGCCAUCUCAAAGUUCUUAGAUAUUGCUUCAGUGCAAACUAAACAGAAAUAAAGCACAAGUAAAUGAUCAGAACUGAUGCAGAUCUCUCGGGAGCUAAUCAUGUACCCUGGAUCAGUGACUGGUCAGAUUUUGAGGUGCUCCCCUUUCAGGUCUUGACUAGCUGAAAACCAUCCAUGAUUAAUGUCCUAUAUUAAAAAGUGUUUACUGA